AUGAAUGAAUAUAGUAUAAAUCGUGCAAAAUCGGCUGAUCCGUACGAUCAGUUGUAUCGUGAAAAAAAGAAAAAAGAGGAAUUAGAUAAAAUUCGUUUAAAGUCGCGUGCAAUAUGGUCUAGACCCGAUACAUCCGAGACCACACAUGGCUUCUACUUUCAACAUCCUAUGCAAAAUCAACGAACUCCAUUGCGACCAACGUCGCGUAACAGACGAAAUAAUCCGCAUCCAAAAUUGGUAUUCCUCUGUACUGGAAUGAAAGAAAUUCCAGAUGCUUAUGGAGCUCCAAAACAAGAAAGGACUGUAGAAGUUGACAAACCUCCGUCACGUGCCAGCAAAAGUUCUUGGCAUAUGCAAAAUCUAUCAGAUGUCGAACGACAAGGAGCUGGAGCAUUUUUGAAGAUAGCUAAUGAUGAAGCGAAAGAAAAUGCAUUUCAAGCUGUGCGAAAUUAUCGUUCAUUGGGUUUAGAUGAACAUUGCCCGCAUAUUCAUCAACAGAAUUCUGUCCCAAACAGCGGUAAUACAGAAUACUAUCCGUCACUGUAUCGAUUUCGACAAGCUAUUAAUAAUGAUAAAGGUGAGUUUAGAGAUAUUGUGAGUUACUCAAUAAUAUAUUCGUGUCUUGUCUAUACUAUAGAGUAUCAUGCAGUUACGCAAGCAUUAAAAAAUCCUCAUGUUGACAUAAAAUUGAUUGAUGAAAGAAUACAACCUAACGUUCGAUAUCGUACAGAAGAAAAUCAAGAACGUUUUCAUCGUCGUCAUCAUUCUUGUAUAUUGACACAACGACCAUAUCGAGGUGACUUUUCAAUACAUCCUGAUUGGAAUCCUCAGCUUUCACAUCAUCGUUUGACAUGUUUAUGUUGA